AUGCUACUAGUUCACAAAAAAAAAUCGAAAACUGGUGCAAAAGUAAUUCAUGAUAAUGAUGAUGAUGAUGAUAUUUAUCCAACUGUUAAAGUAACACAUGGUGGUGAAUCACCAGAAAAAGCCACAGAAACUGAAAAUAAAGAUAAUGAUAAUGAUAUGCGUGUUGAAAAAAAUAAAAAAUAUGGUCUAUAUCGAGUAUUUAAUAUUGACUUAAAUGAAAAAC